AUGGCCCCUAUACAUCGUAUUUUCUCAUCGGCCAACAACAAGCCCUAUCGAACCAAGAAUAUCGAAUAUGAAGGCACUCCGUACUUGAACAAGAAAGGCUACGUUGAUUUCGCUCCUGGCGACAUCGAAAACCCUCAGAAUUGGUCCACGCCCAGACGAGCGGCUGUGACACUCUCAGCUGUGCUUCUCGUUCUCAAUGCAACUUUCGCCUCGAGCUCACCAAGCGGUUGUUUCCCAUCGAUAUCAGAGCACUUCCAUGUGUCGGAGCUAGUAGCUGGCCUGACCAUCACCGUAUUCCUCCUGGGUUACUGUGCCGGGCCGCUUGUCUUCGCACCCCUGAGCGAGCUCUAUGGACGACGAUGGAUCUUCUACAUCACCUUUACGCUUUAUGUCAUUUUCAACUUCCUUUGUGCUUGGGCGCCCAACUUUGCUUCCCUUCUUGUUGGCCGUUUCCUUACAGGGACCUUUGUCUCUGCGCCUCUGAGUAACGCACCUGGCGUGCUGGCUGAUCUCUGGGCGCCGUUGGAGCGCGGUAAUGCCAUGGCUGGCUUUGCUGCCAUGGUGUGGGUUGGACCAGCACUGGGUCCAGUCAUCGCGGGAUUCCUUGAGCUCAAGAAGGACUGGCAGUGGAGUUUUUAUGUACUGAUCUGGCUUGGGGGUGCAACAGCUGUCGUCAUGUUGACUAUUCCAGAGACACACGCCCCGACACUCCUUCUCAAGAAAGCCCGAAGGAUCCGAAAGGCAAAGGUACUGGGCUAUGAGAAUGUCAAGUCCGAGGCUGAGGCCAGCGACCGGACACUAUCAGCUGUGUACAAGAUCGCACUUACACGACCAUUCAUCAUUCUGUUCGACACCAUCUCUUUCCUUUGCGCUAUCUACAUGUCGAUCGUAUAUACCCUACUGUACAUGCUCUUCACCAUAUACCCCAUAGUUUUCCAAGAACGACGGGGAUGGAAUGCAGGCGUUGGAGAGUUGCCUUUGAUCGGUACUGUUAUAGGUGCUUUCCUUGGUGGCUUCGUGGUCUUGAUUGAUUCACAUAUCCGGAGGAAGAAGAUUGAGAACGGCGGGAAGAAGAUGGAACCCGAAGAUCGAUUGCCGUUGGCAAUGAUUGGAGGUGUUGGAUUUGCUGUGACUAUGUUCUGGUUUGCAUGGUCCGCUGAGUACAACUCAAUCCACUGGAUAGUCCCCACGUUGGCUGGCACCUUUUUGGCCACCUCCCUGAUGCUCAUCUUCGUAGCGUACUUGUCAUACCUCGUGGAUGUAUACCUCAUGUACGCAGCAUCUGCCAUCGCAGCCAACACCAUUGCUCGAUCUGCAUGUGGUGCCGCUGCCCCUCUGUUUACCAAACAAAUGUUCGAUGCUCUAGGUGUUGGCGGUGGUGGCAGCCUUAUCGGCGGAGUUGCUACCGUCUUGGCUGCCAUUCCUUUUCUAUUCUACAAGUACGGCAAACAGAUUAGAAUCAGAAGCAAGUUUGCACCUACAGAGGACAAGAAGGAGGCCAGGGAGAAGGAUGAGGAACAGGCUGAUGAAAAUAGGGAGAACCGUGUUUUGUCGCACCCAAAUGAUAGUUCAGAUUCCACAAUGGCUGCAUAA